AUGUCUGCGGUUGCGCAACCGACGAUCGACUUGACGGGGACCGACGAUGAAUGGGCUGGCCAGGAACGCGAGUCUAAGCGCCAACGGACGUCUACGCUGCCGUCCCAGCCGACUGGAGCAUCCCAGGUGGCUGCUGUGUCCGCACCCGUCACACCCGCACCCUCUGGGCCCUCGACACCCACCAAUGGCGCACAGACUCAAGCGCCGACGUGGACACAGCCUGCAGCAUAUCCCCAGUGGUAUGGGCAGUACCCACCGCCCGGGACCCCUGCCUAUCCGUACGGAGCAUACUAUCCUGCCUAUCCGCCUCCCUCUGCCUACCCGCCUGGGACGACUGGGACGAACCCAUGGACUGCGGGUGUCCAGAAGAACACUGCCAUCGACCUCACUGCCACUCCUUCGCCCCCUACCGCUGCACCCACACCCACUGCCCCUGUGUCUGUGUCUGUGUCUCCCUCCAGCGCACCCACACCCCCAGCAGCGUCUACCUCAACUCCCGCUCCCAAGCUCGAGGGACGCACCGUAAUGUGCAUCGGCGAGAUCUCGGUCACCGCUCUUAUCCUGUACCCUAUCCGCUACCUUGCCCCCUCCAACACCGCCUCCGAUGCCACUCCCGCCACAGCUACCAUGCCUGCGACAUGCAUGGUAAAGCUACGUUACGAUGCCUCCAAGAAACGCAUGGCUUCCGUGGUAGGCACCAGCUCCACCGACCAGACCAUCAACAUCGCCAGUCCCACCACCGCUGCAGGCCCCGGCGAGGACUUUGGCGUCGUUGACCAAAAGGCCGCAAAUGUCCUCGCACCCCUCAUGGAGCGUGGUCUUAUCCGCACAGAGGCCAAAGUAGUCAAGGGCUCCGAAAAUCCCUCUAUUCUCCCGCUCAAGAUAUUAUUAUUUACUCCCAAGGGAAACAUUCCUACAAUAUCCCAACACCUCUCGGGCCAGUCCCUCUACCUCGAACACCCCUGCAUCCCAUACAACCCUGCCGAUCACCGAGACAAUCCCCCGUACGAGAAUCCGCACAACCCACCCCCGGGAGGCUAUCGCAUGCGCAACAACAUUGGCAGCUCCGCUCCCGGUCGAUGGAACCACUCGACGACUGCAACAGGAACCAGCGUUGAAGUCCAGCGUAGCCAAGUCGACGAAGUCUUCAAGAGUUUGAUGAGUGGCGAUGAUCUUGAUCAGAAUGAAGCAGGCAUCAACGUGGCCACACAGCUCUACCCUCACCAGAAAGAAGCACUCACUUUUUUGCUCGAGCGCGAAAGGGAGCUCAAGGCUCCCAAGAGCCGCGCAGCCUCGCUCUGGACCACACGUAAAGAUUCCAAGGGGCGUACGACAUGGUACAACAUUGUUACGCAAAAAGAAACCCGAAGAGAACCUUCAGAGUGCAAAGGUGCCAUUUUGGCCGACGAUAUGGGUCUAGGCAAAACGAUCAGCGUUGUUUCGCUCAUUGCCCGAACGCUCCCUUCUGCGCGUUCCUACGGGGGCGCCUCGAUGCAUACACCAGCUCCGAAGCCAGUCCCGGUCGCCCCGGCCGCGCCUGCCGCCCCCUUUACCGCCGCGCAUUUCGCAGGAAGCGUAUGGGGCAUGCCAUCCGUCAGCGCCUCUUCCUCCUCCAACUCGAAAUCAUCCGGAACUAGCACGCCCACCCCGGUACAAGAUCCCAACAAGGACAAGGCCAAAUCGCGCACAGCGGUUGAAGACGCGCAACGCGCGGCGCGCUUGAAAACCACGUCGCGCGCAACCUUGAUUGUCUGCCCGCUCUCGACGGUUGCCAAUUGGGAAGACCAGUUUAGGGACCAUUGGGCUGGGGAAGUGGUGAUCGUGGGCGGGAGCCCCGGCGGGCAGGUGAUGCCGGCCCAGCCGAUGCCCGGCGGACAACCCGGCUUUGCGCCCCAUGCGGUGAUCAGCGGAAGUGCGCACACAGGCGCGGAGCGGAUCCGCGUCUAUGUCUACCACGGCGCUUCGAGACGACCCGAUCCUGCGUACUUGGCCGAUUUCGACGCGGUGAUUACGACUUAUAGCACCCUCGCCGUCGAGUACUCUCGUCAGGUCAAGAGCCUCGAGCCGAUUCGGGCUGCACAGGCCCAGGCGCGCCAGGAGGAAGACGAUGAAGACGAUGACGAUGGAGAAGGGAGCGAUAAUAGUGCGAGCAGCGAUGGGAUCGAGGAGACCGACCAGUACGGCGAGGUCAUUGGUUCGGCGCGGAAAAAGGUCAAAAAGGGCGUCAAGAGAAAGAAGCCUGGUGCGAUGUUUACCGUCGGUCCCGAGGCGACUAGUCCAUUGCAGAGCGUCAACUGGUUCAGGAUUGUAUUGGACGAAGCUCACUCGAUCAAAGAACCAACGACAAUCGGGAGCCGAGCGUGUUGCGAUCUCAUUGCCGACAGGCGCCUGUGCUUGACCGGGACACCCGUGCAGAACAAGCUCGACGACGUGUACGCGCUACUCAAGUUUAUCCGACUCGAGCCGUUUGAUGACAAGGCGGUAUGGACCGAAUACAUCGGCGGGCCUGCCAAGUUUGGCCAGCCGCUCGGAAUCGCGCGGCUCCAGGCGAUCAUGAAAUCUAUCACGCUCAGGCGCACCAAGGAGACCAAGAAACCCGACGGGACGCCCAUCCUCAGCCUUCCGACCCGGCGCGACGAGCUGCGCUUGCUCCAGUUCGAGGCCGAGGAAAAGGCCGUGUACGAUUCGUACUAUACGCAGUCCAAGGCCGAGUUCAACCAGCUGUCCAAGACGAACCAGGUCAUGAAGAACUAUGUCGGCAUUUUGCAAAAGAUUCUGCGUCUGCGCCAGAUUUGCGAUCAUUACGAGCUGGUCAAGGGUAAAGACGAGAUCGCACCCCUGGAUUACGAUGCCGUCUUGAAAGCGAUCGUCGAAGAAGGGCUGAACCUCUCCCGCGCGACGGCCGUGUUUUCGGUUUUGAGAGAUUGCGGCACGGCACAGUGCGUAGAAUGCCAGACCGAGUUGGCGUCUGCCCCACCGGACGCAGCCGAGGCCGACGCGCUCGAGACGGACGCCCGAAGACCGGGGCGAAAGCCUAAAGGGCCGGCGGGGGUCAAGUCCCAGGCCGGGACACGACAGAACAGCCCGUCGGGGCCGGUGCCUGUCGUAACCCGAUGCCAGCACCUGUACUGCAUCGACUGCUUCCGAACGAGCGUGUGCCCCGGAUGGCCCAAGGUCCAGCCCAACUCUCAGCGCCCGUGCUCGACGUGCCAGACGAUGCUCGUCGCGGCUGUGGAUGCGAUCCAGGUGCAACCCGAUGCGGCGAUGACCCCGGAACAGCUCAUGGCCGGAUCCGCGACCAAGCAGAAACGUAAAGAGCCUCGCAAAAAGGGCGGCCCGCUUCAGAGUGCGAAACAUUCGACCAAGAUCAAGGCGUUGAUUGAUGAUUUGAUGCCGUUUUCGAGGUCUAAUCCUUAUUCGAUUAAUUAUGAUCCGUCGAGCGUCGAGGUGCAGAAUGUAGACAAGAAUGGUAAUGUCGUUGAUGAUGGGCCCACCAAGAGUGUAGUAUUUUCACAGUGGACAAGCAUGUUGGACAAGAUCGAAGAUGCGCUCGAAGAGGCCGCUAUUCGAUUCUCUCGACUGGACGGGACAAUGAGGCGUGAAGAACGAUCGCGCGCGAUGGACGCACUCAAGCUCGACCCGAGCUGUGAAGUUUUGCUCGUCUCGCUCCGCGCGGGAGGUGUCGGUCUCAACUUGACGGCUGCACGAAGAGUCUACCUCAUGGAUCCUUAUUGGAAUCCGGCGGUCGAGAACCAAGCGGUCGAUCGAAUCCAUCGGCUGGGCCAAACCAAGCCCGUCACAACGAUCAAACUCAUCAUUGAGAACACGAUCGAGGCGCGUUUGCUCGAGGUGCAGAAGCGCAAGAUCGAGUUGGCCAACAUGACGCUGGGUGUACAGCUCUCCAAGGCGGACCAGGCUCAACGUCGUUUGGAGGAACUGAGCGUAUUGUUCAAGUAG